GUUAUCUUUGGAUUAUUCAAUCAGAUAAUUCUAGACUUCCAAAUGCAAUGAUGAUUGCGUUAUCCUAUGAACAUAGAAUUAUGAUGGCAAAUGGCCGUUGUUCAUAUAGAGUAUAUAAAGAAUACAAUAUUAAAUUAAAAAUGAUAUUAAGAAGAGAAUCUGGAAUUGGUCAAUGUAUAUCUGCAUUAACUUUAUGUAAUGACACCUUGGACAGAAAAAGUAUUGGUGCUGUCUCUAAACUGUGGAAUAACAUUAUUUGCAAUGUUAAUAGAAAUUCGUCAAAAUGUAGAUUCCAGUCCUAAAUCUUACAUUUUUUUGUUUGAUAUUAACCAGUGGAUUAAAGCCCAAAUGCCAUCAAUUAUUAACCAUAUUAAAGUAUCAAAUUCUUAUGCUUGUUUUGUGAAAUUGCCCGAUUAUGCCAGUUAUUUAGAUUUUAAUAUUUCUAACAAAACAUUGCGCCCAUUUGGUUCCAAUUUUAGAAAUAAUUUUAAAAUAUUCCAUUAUCCAUCUUCAAUUUAUUUUGAAUGUGAAUGCUUAUUAGACACCAAAAUUAUUAGAUUUAAACAUGUUGGGGUUCAACAAAAAGUUUUGGAUAAAUUGAUUUUAAACAGUUGGAGUUUAUUUGAAAACCCAAGUUUAAUAUUCCGUCAGUGUUCACAAACAAAUUUAAGACCAUUAUUUUGGGAUAAAACAUAUGAUUACCAAAAUUACACUUUGCUCGAUAAAUUACAUUUUGUAGUAUCUAUCAUAGUAGAAAACAACUUUAUGUCAGUAUUUGAUGAAUGUGUUAAAAAAUGGAAAAAUGGAACUCAUAGUGAAGUUAUAAUUCUACAAUUAGUGGAAUGUCUUUGGAACCAUGUCAUGUUUGUCAAACAAUAUGCUGAUCAAUUAUGUAUUCCUUUAUUUGACUCUUCUGGUGUGCUGUUUGGUAAAAAAAAUGUAAGGAUGUUAAAUGAAUGUUUGUCUCAAAUGCAAAGUGUUGAAAAUAUCUUCAAACGUAUGCAGUUUACGGACUGUGUUCAAAUAAUAAAUGUUGACUUGGUUAAUCGAGUGAAAAUUUUAAAUUUAGUCACUCAAUAUUUUAAUGCAAUAAUAUAUUUUCUGAACUUACAAAUGUUACCAAAACAAAUUGAAGAAGAUCCUAUUCCUCAAAUUAUACAAUGUGAUUUUACUUCCCUUAUCCAGUAUGCUAAUAAACGUCGAAUGGAAUUUGGAAAUUUGCCAUUAUAUCUAAUUGACGCUAUUGUUACUAAUGAACCUAAUGGAAAUAAAUUAAUCGAACAAUGGAAACUUGAAUGUAUUGAAGAAACUAAAGGAUUGUAUCCACCAACCAGUGUCCAAAGUCUGUUAAGGAUUUAUUUGAAUGCUGAACUCUCUAACAUAGUCAAAGAUUUCAUUACUAUUUAUUUUUUGAUUGAUGUCUGUUCUGUGCAAAAGAUGAAUGAAAUAACUGCAAAUAUUUUUAACGAUACUUUUGUUAAAAAUGAAGAAUUAUAUAAACUUUGUUGUGCUAGCUGGUUUUUUGAUCAUGACUUGUUUGAAGAUGCUAUGCUCAUCCUUGCCAGUAUUAAUGAGUGGAUGGUUAAUGAUAAAUCUUGGAAUUGGUAUCACUGGACUGUCUUGAAAUUAUUUGUAUUUAAAAAACAAUAUUAUUGGGCACAGAUUUACUUAGAAAUCUUUGAAAUAAAAUUGGUCAACCUUGAUGAUCAUAAAUUUUAUGUUAACUUGCAAAUCAUGAACAACCACUGUUUUGAUGCUUUAUGUCAUUUGAAUUCAAGAAAGAUUGAAGAAAAAAUGAUAUUGUUUGAAUACAUUUUUGAUCGAUGCAGGCAUACCAAUCAAUUAAAAACAUUCUUAAGUUAUCCUUUGGAUCCAGAUGAAAAAAAAUUAUUUUUUUCUUGUUUGAAAAAAUUUGAAGACACUAAAUUAAUUCAAUUAAUGUUUUUAGUACAAGAAAAAAGGUACCCUGAAGCUUUAGAACUAUGUAAAUCAUUGAAAGUCAAUACUAAUUCAAAACAUGAUUACAUUUUUGCAAUUGCUAGUGUUAUAGUUGGUAAAAUUAAUGAUAACAUAUGUUCAAAUAACAAAAGUGAUCUUAACAAAAAAAUAUUUUCUAAUGAAGAAAUUAAGAUGACAUUUAUGAAUUGUUUUAUGGAUAAUCAUAUUAAUAUGAGUGAAUCAAAUACUUUAAGAAGUUAUGGUGAAUUGUGUCAAAUUAAUCUUAUUAUACCAGAUGAUGACAUAGUUGAUAAAAUACAAGGUCUUGGAGAAAAAGUUUCCACAAUAAAUGGAGUAUUGAGUACCUCAAAAAUAGAAACUGUAAAACAAAUUGAAAAUAAACUGCUAAAACUCCUUGACACUCCGUUCAUUCAAAACAUCAGUACUCUACCUUCUGUUACAAGUGUGGCAGUUCCAAGGAAGGAAUCUUCAACUGAUAAUAUGCUUUUAUCAACGAUAAAAUUAGACAAGACGUUUCAAACUUUAACAUUUGGUCUACCAGAUAAUAAUGACAGUAAGGUUGAAAAAUUCAGUCACAAAGAGGGCAUGAGCAUGAAAAACAUUAUUCCUGAAAAUGUUAAUGUCAGAAAUAGUGAUACCAAUAAUUUACUGAUUAAUAUGGUCACGGAACAAUCACCAACCACUUUCCACAAGUUACUCAAAGAUAAUUCUAAAAUUAAAUUAUUAGAAACUUCCCCUAUACCUUAUACUGUAGAUAAAGAAGAGUAUGAAAAAAUGGAUAUUUCUGACAAUGACCCUAGUGUCUUACCUGACGGUGAAUAUAAAUACUAUUUUGAAGAACUAGAUGUACUACUUGGAGGUGAAAAUUAUGAACAUGUAAAAAAAACAGAUAUCAUUCUUGAUGAUUCAGAACAACCAGAUGACUUACUUGAUGAUGACAUAAGUACAGAAAACCAUUUAGAUGAAACAAGCAUCUUACCUGAUUGCGAAAAUGAAGACAAUUUAGAAGAACCAGACAUCAAACUUGAUGAUGCAAAUUAUUAUAAUAGGUUAGAACAUUCUGAUGUCAUACUCAAAGGUGACAUUGGGGAAAAUUUAGAAGAAUCAGAGUUCAUACUUGAUAAAGGCAAAAGUGUAGAAAACGAUUCAGAUCAACUUAGUGUCGCACCUGAUGUUGAAGAUGAAGACAAUUUAGAAGAACCUUAUGUCAUACUCGAAAGAGAAAAUUAUGAAUAUGUAGAAGAACCAUAUAUCACACUUGGUGAUUCAAAUUAUACUAAAAACUCAGAACAACCGGACAACAUAUUUGAUGGUGACAUAAGUGUAGAAAACCAUUUAGAUGAAACAAGCAUCUUACCUGAUUGUGAAAAUGAAGACAAUUUAGAAGAACCAGACAUCAUACUUGAUGAUGCAAAUUAUUAUUAUCAUAGGUUAGAACAUUCUGAUGUCAUACUCAAAGGUGACAUUGGGGAAAAUUUAGAAGAAUCAGAGUUCAUACUUGAUAAAGGCAAAAGUGUAGAAAACGAUUCAGAUCAACUUAGUGUCGCACCUGAUGUUGAAGAUGAAGACAAUUUAGAAGAACCUUAUGUCAUACUCGAAAGAGAAAAUUAUGAAUAUGUAGAAGAACCAUAUAUCACACUUGGUGAUUCAAAUUAUACUAAAAACUCAGAACAACCGGACAACAUAUUCGAUGAUGUCAUAAGUGUAGAAAACCAUUCAGAUCAACCAAGUGUUUUACCUGAAGCAGAUGUCAUAUUUCAAGGUGAAAUUGAUGCAAAUUUAGAAAAAACGGAUGACUUACUUGAUUAUGACGUAAGUGUAGAAAACCAUUCAGACAAAACAAGUAUCUUACCUGAUAUUGAAAAUGAAGACAGUUUAAAAGAAUCAGAUGUCAUACUUGAUAAUUCAAAUGAUACUAAUAAUUUAGAACAGCCAAAAGACUCACACAAUGAGAAUGUAAGUGUGGAAAACCAUUCAGAUCAACUUAGUGUCAUACCUGAUGGUGAGAAUAAAGACAAUUUAAAAGAAUUAGAUGUCAUUCAUAAAGGUGAAAAUUAUGAAUAUGAUGUAGAACCAGAUAUCAUUCUUGAUGAUUCAAAUUAUACUAAAAAUUCAGAACAACCAGAUGACUUACAAGAUGAAGACGUAAAUGUAGAAAACCAUUCAGAUCAACUAAGUAUCGAACCUGAAGGUGAGAAUGAAGACCAUUUAGAAGAAGCAGAUAUCAUAUUUGAAGUUAAAAAUAAAGAAAAUUCAGAAGAAGAUUAUGCAAGAGAACAGAAUAUAAUAAAAUCGUUUGAAACUCUUAAAAGCGAGAAAACACCAGAAAAUAAUGUUAUGGUAGAUCCUGAUAAUGUAAUAUGUCCUACAGAAUCACAAUCUAACAUGUUGAAAAAUCUUACUCCUUAUAUUUAUGACCGCACUGAAGAGAAUUGUUCCAAUAAUGGCAAUCAAAUAAUAAUUAUUGAAAAAGAAAAUUAUCUUGGUAAUAUAGUUUAUGGUAACCAGAAUUCAGUUGUAAUUAAAGAAGAUAAUAUUGCUGAAGUAGUAGAAAAUACAGAUAGUUACAAUAAGCCAAGUACGCCUAUUAAUUUUCAAAUCAUUGAAAACCCCAAAGAAGAUUUAUGUAAUGAUCAGAAUGAAGAUUAUCUUUAUGAUAAAUAUCAAUUUUCCAACAAUUAUAUUUCAUCGGAAUUGUCAACUAUUGAAUUUAAUCCUAUACCUGAAUAUGGUUUUAAUCAUGUUACUAUGACCGGAAAUGAAUCAAAUCAACUAGAAAUGUAUGAAACUAAUCAACCAACAUCAGUUUUGUUAAAUGAAUCAUUUUUUAACAAUAUAAGUUUAGGAACAACAGGUGAUGUUAUUGAAACCCGAGAUACAGCUGUAGACAACAACAUUGAAAUAGUUAUAGAUAAGAAAUCAGAGAAUGUUGAACCAUCUUCUUCCAAUACAACUAUUAAUACUAAUUUAUAUAGUAAAGAAAUAAAAUCCUAUCAACUAGCUGAAUCUAAAGAUAUUUCUUUUCAGCAAGUUGAUACUAAUAUAUUCAAUUCUGCAAAAAGAGAGUAUUCAGUUAAAAUACAAAAGAGCUGUCCUUCCGCAGCAUCAGAACCUAGUAAAACACUAAUUAUUAAAGAAUUUCCAACAAAUAGUAUGUUAUGUAAAGACAUUUUAAUUCAAGAACAAACAUCUAAAUUAGUUAAUUUUAUUAAAAGUAGUUCAGGUAUUGAAGGUGGCAAAAAUUCGGCAGAAAAUAUACACAAUUUAAGUACAGAUAAAAAAGAUGAGCAACCAUUUAUUGAACAAAAAAUUAAAAAUAUUCCUAAUCUCCGAAAAAGAAGGUACGGGACCAAAUGCAUUCCAUGUUCUGACACCAAAUUAACUACAAAAUCAAGAUCUGAAAGUAAAACUAAAGCAGUCGAAUUGAAAAUUAUUUCUUCAAAUAUUUCCUCCCCCAUUCCUGAUAUUUUUGAAGAUAGUUUAGUGGGUGUGUCAAAGAAGAGACCAAAAUGUCAGAAAAAAGUUGCCUUGAUGAAACGUAGAAGGUUAUGUCCAAAGUAUGUGGCUUCUAAAUAUAAAGCUUCUAACAGCAAUAUUGGCUUAGAGCAAAUAUCUGGAGAAAGUACAACAAACAAAGAUAAAAACAUUAAGAAAAUUGAAGAAUUGCUACCAAAUAAUUUACUUAAUAAAGAUACAGAAUCUCUAGAAGAACUGACAAAAUUAGCCAUGCCUAUUAAGAUCAAACUAGAAGCUGAAAACAACAACAAAAUACUAAAUCAAAAUGUCAUUUCUUGUACAAAAAAUUUCAAACAUAAUUUUUUUCUAGAACCUAAAUUAAUUCUCAAGAAGUUUGAUGUCAGUUUAUACAAAAACAGUUUUAAACUACUUGCAAUGGACAAUAAUACUAGUCAUGUCUCAUUAUCAACUAACAAAACAAAUAGUCAAAAACCUAGUGCAUUGAAAAGACUUAGAAAAGGAUGUUUUAAAUCUAUGAAAGAACCAACGGCUACUAAAAAAAUAAUCAACUUGGAAGAGCUAAAAGAAGAUUCUAUCAAUAUUGAUAAAAAUAAAGCUAUAACUAAAAAAUCAAAAUUAAAUUCAUACAAAAUAAAAAAAGUAGAACUUGACAAGAAUUUAAAAAAUAGUUCAAAUCGAUGUGUUGUGGCUUCAUCAAUGCCUGAUCCAAUUUACUGUUUAAAUAAAACACACAAUAGUUUAAUUGAAGAAACUAUUAAUUUAAUUUCUGAUGAUGAAUUUGUUUCCGAUAAAGUUCAAGAAGAAAUGGGUAAAAUAAGUUCAGAUAAAGAAAAAUUAGAUUGGAGGAUAAUAUCUCAUGAAGUCAAAACAAAUACGGACGCUAUACCUAAAAUUCGAAUAGGGCGAAAUAAAAGUGAUAAAAAUACUGUAUGUGCUGGCAAACACUUUAAUGCUGUUAAGGGGAGCUCAAAAAUUGUCCUGGAACAAGAACUAGGUCUUAUAAAAAAAUCAAGUGAAUCAAAAAAACUGAAAUUCAAUCAGCAAGUUUAUCGUAGGUCUUCAAGAAAAAUUUUAAAAAAACAAAAAUGUUCUUGUUGCACUAAUAAACUGAUGGAUGAUGUUUGCAGUUCUAAUGUAUUAUGAAAAGCCAUUUUGUUAAAAGAUAUCACACCAUCUGAUCUAAUUUAGAGAAAUGUAUAAGAACCAUCAAAUUAAAGACUGUACUUUUUGACAACACACUGCCGACAAACAAAAAUGUAUUGUACAAUUCAAAUUUUUUAUCAA